UUCAGGAGUUCGCCGCGAGAGCAGCGCGCGCUACACGCAGAGUCACGACGCGCGCGCGCCAGGAAUCACAACUUCUCUCUCUUUCUUUCCGUUUUUUCCCCCCCAACUUAUUUAUUAUUUUAUAUCUAUUUAUAUAUAUUUUUGGGAUGUUUAUUCAGUUCUCCCCAGCAGCCGGACCCGGGGUGUAGAGUUUGGAGUUUGAAGGCAUCUGUUCCCCCUGCUUGACUUUCCGACAUGGUUUCCGCCGCGUUGCCGCGCGUCGCGUGCGUCACGCUGUGCGUGCUGCUGCGCGUGCUGCUGUGCGUCCGCUCCGCGCGCUCUGCGUCCUGUCCUGCGGGCUGCGAGUGUUCGGAAGCCGCGCAAACUGUGAAGUGCGUUUCCAAGGAUCUUCGGGAGAUUCCCAGCGGCAUUCCUGCUUACACAAGGACUCUGUUCAUCACAGGCAACCAGCUGGGACGCAUCGGUCCGGAGUGUUUCUCAGGGCUGGACAACGUCACAACGUUAUCCCUCAGCAACAACAGAAUAUCCGAGGUGGACUCCCGUACCUUCUCCAGCCUGCGUAACCUCAGAUCGCUGGACCUGAGCAGCAACCAGCUGGUGCUGAUUCACCCGGAGGCCUUCGCCAUGAACAACCACACGCUGCGAGAGCUGAACUUCAGCCGCGCGCUCUACAACCACUCGUCCGUCACUAACCUGGCCACGGCUCUCUGCCGGAGCAGCCUGGACGCUCUGCUCAGCCUGGACCUCUCGAGCAACGACCUGCUCUUCCUACCUCCUCACAUCUUCUCUUAUAUGAGCAGCCUGCGCCGGCUUCAGCUGGCCAACAACUCCAUAGUGUCUAUAACCAACGAGACAUUGCUGGGUUUGGGGCACUUAGAAGAGCUGGAUCUCAGCCAUAAUGCUCUCCAGACCCUCAGCGAGGAAGGCUUGGUGGAGCUGGAGCGAGUCCCGAAAGCCAAGUUACACCUCGGACAGAACCCGUACAGAUGUACCUGCGAGAUUGAGCCGUUCAUCUCCUUCCUGAACAGCUCUCAUGAGCGUGUGGUGGACCUGGAUCAGCUGGUGUGUGUGUGGCCUGUUGAACUGCGCAACAAUUCUUUAAUGCUCGCAAGGAACUUGGUGCUGGGGUGCCAUCAUGCUGAGGAGAGCACCAACCUGGCUCUGCAAACGUCCUACGUCUUCCUCUGCAUAGUCCUGGGCUUUGUGGGACUAAUGUUUCUGUUUGUGCUCUACCUGAACCGGAAAGGUAUCAAGAAGCGCGUCUAUGAAAUGCGCGACACUUGCAGAGAGAUGGGCGAGAGUUAUCACUACCGAUACGAGAUCGACUCCGACCCCAGGUUGUCGCAGCUAUCCACAAGUGCAGAUUUGUAGUUUGGACUGCAGGGAUUUCUUUUAACCUAGAUGUCUUGAUUUCUAACAAGCUUGUACCUAAAGACAUACAGCAAACUGUAAAUAUGGACAUUGAUAAAAAAAAAAAAAAGGAAGCAAAUUUUUUGGGUUUCCUCAUGUUCUCAUUUCCAUUUAGCGCAUGGAUUACUAGUGAUGCAUUCCAGUGUCCAUAACAGACACAUUUGUCCCAAUUACACCCAGAGUUCAGGGUCCAAGUGACUUGACAAGACAUUUCUGCUAUUCUAUUUAAGCCUUUUAUGCAUUUACUGCCUUUUGUUUUGGGUGGGGGGACGAGGACAUAAUUUUCAUCUUGCAUGCUGUGGUUGUAUAUCCCCCCCCAAGGACAUGGAGCCCACUCUGCCCCUUUACCCACGGGGAGCUUGUGAAGAAUGUGGUCGCCUUUCUCUACAAAGCAUUCCAGUGCGAGGAUAACCUCCUCUAAGCUUACCACCGAGCCACACAAUAACACUCUUCCUUUGUGCCAGAUAAACAGCAUGAAAGAAAUGGAAAAGGUGGUGGUGGUGAGUGUGGGGGGAGAUCUUUAGAAAAAGAAGAACAGCUGUGGAAAUGUCUGGUCCUCUUCUUCUUCCUUCUCGGAAGAAACUUUUUACUGUGUUUUUAUUCUUCUGUUUUUUUUUUACUGUCAGGAUGAUGAAAACCAGCCGUGUACACGAGAGAGAGGGUUGCUGAGGAAAGCGGCGGGCCUGCCGGCUGUGUGAAGGCACCGCCUGGCUCGGCUCCUAGGAACUUUUUUUUUUUUUUUUUUUUACAGUGAUAGGAUGCAGAUGAGGCCUGGGAUGGUUUAGGUUAAGAUGUUUUUCGUAUCAGAAUGUAAUGAGACAGAAUUCUACAAACCCUAAGUUGUGUAUUAGAUGGAUAACGUAUGAGCUUGGAUCUCAUGGUUUUGUACUUAUUUUAUAUACACAUAAAAAAAAUGAAUGAAUGAAAAUAUUACAUUCAGAAGUAUGAUAUGUUUAUUUGUGCCUGAAGCUCCUCGUUGACAUAAAAGCCUUUGUCACUGAAAGAGGUUUAAUGCUCUGUUAAUGGCGCCUUAUUUACCCGAGCGCAUGCCAUGGUGUCAGAUUGCAGUUCAUUAACGAUAUGCUGUAUAAAAGAGAGAGAAAUCGUGGAAACUUGAAAUGAAUGUUAAUGACGUCUCAUGGUCUCUCUGUGUACAUCGUGCAUUAAACGAACUAAACGGAUGGCUUCCACAAAAGCAUCAGUUUAAUCCCCAUCUUAAUAAAAUUUUUAAAUGUAAGUAAUACGUGUACCUU